AUGCCCAGACAGCCUUCAUCCAAUGUCGAAGGUGCGCGCUCAAUAUCUCGCCAAUUCCUAUCGUCACUAGCACCGACCGUCCCUGCCGAUCCUGCAGAGACUCCUCCACCACAGCCAAUACAGUCUGUUUAUCCUAUACCUGGAGAACUUCCCUUCCUGUCUCAACCAACAUAUAGCCAGACGAUCCUGCAGGCUCCAACUCUUGCUACUGACUCUUCGUCUUUGCCACCUCAACCUCACGUCGCAGAUCUGCCGUCGGGCCGAAGCCGACGGCACAGUUCAUCAAGCAUGAGGAACGCAAGCACGACUUUUGAGCACGUCGCUCCUGCCUCAACUCCUACAGGUAGAGUCAGCAAGGCCAAAAAGGGCAAGCGUGUUCAUGCUUGUGAGUUUCCGGGAUGCGGAAAGGUCUUCACCCGGGCAGAACACAGGAGGCGGCAUGAACUGAACCAUAACCCAGACGCAGUGUUCAGAUGCCAGCAGCCCAGUUGCGGAAAGGCAUUCCACAGGCUGGAUCUAUUGCAAAGACAUCAAGAGAGACAUGAAACAGAGGCCUCGCCGUUGUUGUCAGCGUCGAGGCCACAACAUAGCAACAUCUAUACUUCACCACCAUCUGUUCUUCCCUCAACACCUUUGGUCAGUACAGCGUCCGAGAACGUGUCGAGAACGACAUCUAGCGGAGUAUCGAUAGGCUCCCUGAUUCAUCCUCCCCAAUCACAAUACAACACAUCAGAUCCUACCCUUGGCUUUGGGACGUAUAUGCCUACCUUUUCACAUGCAGUUGACCCAUAUUACUACGGCUCUGAAGGGAGUCAUUCUCCAGCUUCUGACCAUUUUGGUCGUGCCCACCGUCCAAGCAUCUCCUCAGCUUCUUCAGUCAUUGCCUUUGAACCCCACUCAACAUCUCCCAACAUGUCUGCAUUGAUACCUGGCACGUGGAUACCUUCUGUCUCCACUCCACCAGUAGCCUUGACAUCCAGCGCUUACGACGAUGGCCAAGUUCCGUAUCUUUCAUCUUCUACAGUCAAUCCCGUGCCACAACACCUCCGCGAACUGGAUGGACAUGAGUUCGCCACGAUACAGCGAGAGCUAUCCAUGGUACCCGGACUCAUUUUCGACUCACCUAGUCCCGAAUUACCCAGAUAUAUACGAUUCGAUUGUCUAGAACUAUAUUGGAAGUACUUUCAUCCUUCAUUUCCAAUCGUGUACAAGCCCAACUUUGUCAUGAAUACACCACCACCUCUGCUUCUUAGUGCUGUCCUAGCCACAGGCUCCUUCUAUGAUUCGCGUCCAGAUGCUCGGCUGUACUCUUUGGCUCUACAGGAGAUCGCAACAAAGCUUCUCCGACAGCGAGAAAAUAUCACGGCGAAAUCUCGCAUCGCAGACCUGCAGACCGUUCUACUUCUCGAAAUCUUGAGCAGAUACUGCGCCAGACAUACUUCACCCGCAACAUCGGCACGUUUCAGAGCUCUAUUUGCCAGCUUGCAUGAAACUCGACAGAAAAUUAGUCAGAAUUCCUUGUCAGUCUUCAAAACUUUAAAGGCGACAAGAACCGACAACGACCUGAAGCGGGCUCACACGUUUUGGUUGGAAAACGAGGCUGGAAGAAGGAUCUUUCAUGCGUGCAGCAUCCUUGACAUGCAGCAAGUGGUGCUAUUCGGUGAACGACCCACAAUCAUCACUCACGUACCCGCAGUCGGUCAGGAUUUCAAUGCUCAAGAAGGUCUCGAAUUGCCUUGCGGCGAAGCGCUUUGGAAUUGCCCAUUCGAGGAGUGGGCUGCCAACGCCUCAAUCGCAAGCCCUAUGAAUAUUAGCACAGCUCGUAAGAAUUACAGAACCACGACUCUUGACGACUUCUCCUUCUUCCAGCAUCAAAUCAUCUAUGCCGAUUCCACUGCUCCUCAGAGAUGCUUGGACGAGGAGUGCAGUCCUACACAGGGAUCUGGACUACUUGGCAGAACACGGUUUAAUUAUCAUGUGUUCCAAAUGGCAAAGUAUAUGCCAGUACGAGCGAUCCUGGCAGUGGCAGGAGAUUCAUGGUUGCUUGGCAAAAAGAUCGAAUCUGAAUCAGAUUAUGACCAGGCCAAGAGCGUGGUCCGUGGAUGGGUCAAUAUGACAAAAACUGCAACGCCUUCGGAGCAAGUUGCAGACUGUAUCAGAGCGCACUGGCAUGCUCUGAAAGUGCUGAGAAUGACCAUUAACCUCGAAGAUGAGAAAGCACCAUUUCGAACCACGCACAUGCUGCAUGAAGAUUGGGCCGUCUAUCUGGCAACACUCGUCUGCUGGAUUCGCGGCUACGGGCACAGCGGGAAAGUGCAAAGCACAGUCCGAGCUGCGCCAACCCUAGCAACGAAUCCUCUGCCAGCUGCUGAGAAACGGAAGGCAAUACAGGAAGAUACACCUUCUCGAAAACGUCAAGCGCAUACACAACCUUUCUCUAACACUUUGUUCGCACCCUCUUCCGCAGCUCGAGCAAUCCGAAUUCCACAUUCAAUUCCGACCACAUUGGACGAUACUCGGACUUGGUUUACAUACGGACAUGCUGACCCAAUCCCAUCUUCCUGGAACGAGAAUGCUUACUACGAUCCCCUGCUGGCUUACCACGCUCAUAGUGACUCUGCUUCGACUGCAGAAUCUUCAGUAUACACUAUCUCCACACCUGCAACAGGACCGACACGCACGGCCACCAACACUCCACAAUCACAGUCAAGUCGAGCAACAACAGCUGCUACCGUGCAUUUGCCGCCCACGGACGGUGCUAUCGCUGAGCUAAGAACAUAUCUAGCACUGACGGAUGUACCCACGAUAAAAGACCUAGAAGCUUUAGAUCCAAGUAUUCUUGGCCGCACCAGAGGCGUCCUCGAUGCUAUCCGCAUCUAUAAGAUUGGAGCUAAGCGAAUCGUGGGCGGUUUGAUGGACGACGCCGAACAGGUCCUUGCACGAUUAGCUGAGGGUCGAAACAACAUGUUCUGA